AUGAAGUGUCUGUGGUUGUUUGUGCUCACUGUUCUGUGUAUAAGGUGCGAAGCCGCAGGCAACAAGCCUCGGAGAGGACGCGGCAGCAUGUGGUGGGGCAUAGCCAAGGCAGGAGAGCCAAACAACAUUUCACCAAUGUCACCUGGAGUUUUAUAUAUGGACGCUGGAGUCCAUUCGACGUUGAGGCGGAAGCAACGCCGCCUUGCUAGAGAGAACCCAGGGGUGUUAACAGCUGUAGCAAAAGGUGCAAACAUGGCCGUGUCGGAGUGCCAACAUCAGUUCAAAUACAGGAGAUGGAACUGCACGACAAGAAAUUUUCUACGUGGUAAAAAUUUAUUCGGCAAAAUUGUCGACAGAGGGUGCCGCGAAACCGCAUUUAUAUAUGCUAUAACGAGCGCCGGUGUGACCCAUGCUGUGUCACGCGCCUGUGCUGAGGGCUCUAUAGAGUCAUGUACUUGUGACUACUCGCACUUAGACCGCACACCGCAUCGCACACGUGCUGCAGCAGCGGCUAACGUGAGAGUGUGGAAGUGGGGCGGUUGUAGUGACAACAUCGGCUUCGGAUUUCGAUUCAGCCGCGAGUUCGUAGACACAGGUGAACGAGGCAAAACCUUGCGAGAGAAGAUGAAUUUACAUAAUAACGAAGCAGGCAGGGCGCACGUGCAGUCGGAGAUGCGACAAGAGUGUAAGUGCCAUGGCAUGUCCGGAUCGUGUACAGUAAAGACAUGCUGGAUGCGACUGCCGAGUUUUCGUUCCGUAGGGGAUGCGCUUAAAGACCGAUUCGAUGGUGCAUCGCGAGUCUUAAUGAGUAACACCGACCUCGAGGCUCCUACGCAACGGAAUGACGCAACGUCGCACAGGGUGCCGCGAAGGGAUCGAUAUAGGUUUCAACUUCGACCGUACAACCCUGAUCACAAGGCUCCUGGGACAAAAGACCUCGUUUACUUAGAGUCUUCGCCCGGGUUUUGCGAAAAGAAUCCGAGGUUAGAAUUUCAGGUACAAGCAAGUUCUUCAGGCAACCAUUUCAGAAGAGAUUUAAAACAUAUCGUUAACUAUUCGCCAGCACAAUGGUCUAUGAACGUCGUCAGAGACAAGAGCAGUUUGGAUCCAGAACUUGUUCAUUCUGAACCAGGAUUCGAUCUGACUGAAGAAGAAAUGAUCAAGUUCAAAAUCUGGGCGAAAGGAAUCAUUCCAUACUACAUUGACGACUUCUCUUUUGAUAAAGUACUACGCAAUAGAAUUCGCAAUUACCUUGAUCUCACAAACCGCGUCACUGGUCUAAGAUUUAUUGAACUACCAAAACCACCCACUGACGAGAAAACUAGAUGGGUGCUUUUCUUAAAUCGACAAGGCCUGCUUAAUUGCGCAGAUCAUUCUACUAAGGAUUUUACAAACGAAGGUGUACAGAAAGUGCUUUUGGGCUAUGACUGCUUAGUCACCGGUGGAGAACUCGCCCAAGCAAUUUUGGCCCUAGUUGGAGUACCGCCUCAACAUAAUUCUCCUGAUCGUGAUGAGUAUAUCACGAUAAAAGACGAUCAUAUAAUCCCAGAGAAGAAGCAUUUGUUUGUUGCGCUGAAGAAUAACGAGUGGUUAUUUCACGAUAUUCCCUAUGAUUUUGUGAGUGCUAGUCAUUAUAAUUUUCACAAGUAUUCAAAGAAUGGGUUUGCUACUAUAGAAAUAAAGAAACCAACAAACGUUCUUGUUGGAGAAGGUAAGGGGUUUAGUUACAAAGAUAUUUGGAAAAUAACAAUGCUUUAUAAUUAUAUUGUCAAGAAAAAGGCUAAUUCUAUAAAAGCUUCCGAUUGUUUAAAGCUUUUUGAGCCUGGUGCUAAUUUUAGUAAUUACGAACCGCUCAUAGAUGAUGAAAUCCAACCAAGAAGUAAGCCUAAUAAAUAUUUAGGAAUACAAGGAAAGUUACCAAAGUUACCCAGGCUACCUGAAAAUAUAAAUAGAGAUGAAGAGCAAGAAGUUGAGGAAGAUAGCGAAAACGAAGAGAAAGAAGAUAAAAAUGCUAAAGAAGAAAUUAAUAAAAAUUUAAACGAAAGUAAUUCGGACAAAACAGAAGAAUAUACCAGUGAAAACCGAGACCAUUUUGUAUCUGGUAAAACGGAACGAAUCGAAAUUUUAAAUAAUGUUAAUAAAUUAAAAGCUCCGUUUGUUAAUAAUCCUUCUCACUUUAAAUCUUGGAAGACAACAAAAAAUUUGAAUAAAAUAUUUAAAAAAAUGAUAAAUGGAUAA